AUGAACAUAUUUUUUAGAAUUUGGUUCUACCGAAAAUGCCUCAUAGUCCCAUGUAUGCAACAAGUGCGUUGUGUAGAAUACCAUUAUGCAAUUGCUUUCUUGACCAUACCUUGCGUCAAGCCUAGUGUAGGAUCUGACUAUGAUGAGUCCGACUGUCUGACAGGAAGGGACCGUUCUCUCAGCUGUGACUACUAUGUACAUAUAAGAGCAACAUUAAAGGAAUGCCAUCAUGAGUUCAACGUGCCACUGCCUUUCAGAUUUACCUUCAUAUCCAUUACACUGUACUCCUUUUCCUCUCACAGAAAGCCCAAGAUGGUUGCAGAACUUGUUCCAUAUGUUGAUGGGAUGCAGCGGGGGCAGGGAUACGACACCUACCUUCAAGAACUUCGCGUUGCAAACGCUGUUACGAUAACGUCUAAAUCACCUCCUUCUGAAACCUAUGAUCUGACCUAUAAGAGUGUCCAAAUCGAGGAGUACACAGAGCUAGCGAAGUCUUUGGAGAUCACUGCUGGCGCUGCCAUAUCCGGGUGGGGCCAGUCAGCUCAGAUUGAUACCAGCUACCUCAACCGGUCCAAGUUUGAAAGCGCCACGACUACCUAUCAAGUAGAGGUGUCCUCGCAGCAACAGGCCACGAUUGACAACACAUACUCCUUCAACAAAAUCUCAACUACUGACCCGAAUGCGAGUUACGGAGACCGGUUUGUUGCAGACUUCAUCAAAGGUGGAAAGUUCCUUGCCCGUGUCAGCAUUUCGUCAAUCAGCAAAUCCAGCACGGAAGAAGUCAAGGAGGCCGCCAAAGUUGCUUUCACGAUGUAUGGGGUUACUGGUGAAGUGACCGAGGAAGUCAAACAUGCUGUCUCGUCAAUCCAGAAGAACUCCCGAAUCACAAUCUGGAUCCACAUCUCUGGGGGGGGAACCAAACUAGGUGAAACCAAGCGGAUCGACUCGGGACCUGACGAUGAAGAUUCACCGCUCUUUAAAAUUAAGAAGGAAGCUGAUAAUUUCUAUCAAGAGUUGAAAGAUGGGAAGCAUAAAUACAGACGUUUUGGUGUGUUGUGGAAAUACACGAAUGUCCCGGACUUCAACAAUGCAUUCGAUCCAUUCGACUAUUCAGCUGCAAACAAAAAGGUAAGACCAAGUUUAGUAAUGCGCAGCAUUAUGGAAUUUGACGAACUUUGCCAGAGCUGGAACUUUUUCGAGGAUUUCACACAGUACGGUGUUUACAUUGACAAUGUCAAAAAGAUGCCGGUUGAUAAAUUUCUCGGAGGCAGACAGCAGCAGGCCGACCUUUAUGACGAAGGGACGAGGGUAAAUGUGGCAAUCUCCAACAAGAUCGCAGCAAUCGACAAAGACCCGACCGAUGUUGAUAAACCACUUCCGUAUCCAAAGCCCUAUGAAUUUCAGAGAAAGGUUCUGCGGGCCUUGAAGACAGUGACUUAUAUUGCCCAAGAGAGAUCUGUUGACGGCGGUCGCCUCACCGACAUUGCGCUGCCAACUCUUCAAGGAGGCGCAGAAAAGCUAUUCGAGUUCAAGGCUUUUGACUUUGACGCUGUCGUCGGGACCUCGGUCGUGUCCUUUGGAAAGAGAGACUCGUCCUACAUCUGUCUCAACGGUCAGCGGGCUUCGGAUUUCGGGUACAAGGAAGAGAGCGUCUUUUGGACAUUUCCGUUCCCCGUAGAUCAAGUUGCAGAGCAGAAGAUCAAUGUCUCAAAGCUCAAAUCGGCGGAUCUGAUCAGAUUGAGCCGAACUGAGACAGGACCCAGUUUCCUUUUCGACGUUUACACCGAAAAGAGCAGCUAA